ACAGCACAAAGCUGUGAGAUUAGGGAGGAGGGGGCGACAUUACCCUGUAGGGUGCAGCUGGACAGCAUCAACAAGACGCUACAAAUCUGUCACACGUGUUUUGUCGUUUCAGAUAAAAUUGACUGCACCGCUCCCAUUGUGUGUUUUUCGAUCAGUGUGCUCCUUGUUUCCGAGGAAAAGAGGCGAUUCUGCUCGCCGCCAUUUUUAGGGACCUGCCUACCGAAGAGAAACUUUGCUAGGUACUGUCUAACGUUAGCAGCUCCCUAGUUAGCCAGUAGCCUGCCUGCCAGGCAGCUCGUUGUGACAGUUAGCGGUAAGGCUUGACAGUCGUCAACCAGGUCAGCCUGGUUCACGCUCAUAUCACUUAUUACCCGUGGCCGGCCACCGCGGAUGACAACAUUAGCGGCAGGUUAUGGUAACUAAUUUACUAAUACUUGAAGUCAACGUGACCGCCAGUAUUGGGUAGGGCAAUUGUACAGUUGUUAGAAUAGCGAAUUAGCAUUGCUAAAUUGCUUGCUAGCGAAUUCACGCUCCUUGGUUUCUCUUGACUGCACUGGCUCGUCUGUGAUUUAGCGACAGCCGCUGUGCUGUGCCGUGUUUACGGUGACUGGAUUAAUCAACCCUUCAUAUCCAUCUUCUGAUCCUGUGUGGACUCGUUUGGACAAGAACAACAGUACAUUCACAGGCUGGAACAGCUCCCUCCUUUCUUCACUUUCAAGGACUUGCUGGUUGCUGAUGAGGAGAGGUGCCCAUGUGCUGGUUCCUAAGGCCCAUCCAUUACUGCAGAUGAAUCUUCAGCUGCUUUGGCGUAACUCAGCUCCCAGAUAGUCCCAUCCCCUUUGAGUGGGACUACAUUAACCAGGAUGCCCUCCUCUGUAAGGGCAGGAAGCCUGAAGGAUCCAGAGGUGGCGGAGCUGUUCUUCAAAGAAGACCCAGAGAAACUUUUCUCUGACCUCCGAGAGAUUGGACAUGGCAGCUUUGGCGCAGUCUACUUUGCACGAGAUGUGCGCACCAAUGAGGUGGUGGCCAUCAAGAAGAUGUCCUACAGUGGGAAACAGUCCAAUGAGAAAUGGCAGGAUAUUAUCAAGGAGGUGAAAUUUCUCCAGAGGAUCCGGCACCCAAACAGCAUCGAAUACAAGGGUUGUUACCUCCGAGAGCACACAGCAUGGCUGGUUAUGGAGUAUUGUCUGGGCUCAGCCUCUGAUCUACUAGAAGUUCAUAAAAAACCUCUACAAGAGCUAGAGAUUGCUGCCAUUACACAUGGUGCUUUGCAGGGGCUGGCCUACCUUCAUUCCCACAAUAUGAUCCACAGGGAUGUGAAGGCAGGUAACAUCCUGCUGACGGAGCCGGGGCAGGUCAAACUGGCAGAUUUCGGCUCUGCCUCCAUCGCCUCCCCUGCCAACUCUUUCGUUGGAACACCUUAUUGGAUGGCCCCAGAGGUGAUUUUGGCCAUGGAUGAGGGCCAAUAUGAUGGGAAGGUGGAUGUCUGGUCCUUGGGGAUCACAUGUAUAGAAUUAGCGGAGAGAAAACCUCCCUUAUUUAACAUGAAUGCAAUGAGUGCCUUAUACCACAUAGCGCAGAAUGAAAGCCCCACACUGCAAUCCAGUGAAUGGACGGACUACUUUAGAAACUUUAUUGAUUCUUGCCUUCAGAAAAUCCCGCAGGACAGACCCCACUCGGACGACAUGCUGGGUCAUGCUUUCCUGCAACGUGAACGUCCAGACUCUGUGCUGAUGGACCUUAUUCAGAGGACCAAGGAUGCAGUGCGAGAACUGGACAACCUGCAGUAUCGCAAAAUGAAGAAGAUCCUCCUUCAGGAGGCGCACAAUGGCCCCACAGCAGAAGCUCAGGAUGGAGACGAGGAGCUAGAGCCAGGUGGAGGGCGAACAGGAACUGUUAACAGUGUUGGCAGCAACCAGUCCAUCCCCAGUAUGUCCAUCAGUGCCAGCUCCCAGAGCAGCUCUGUCAACAGUCUGAAUGAAGCGGCCCAGGACAGCCGCAGUGAACUGGACUUAAUUGAAGGAGACCACACAGUCAUGUCCAACAGCUCUGUCAUUCACCUCAAACCGGAAGAGGAGGAGAGUUACUCUGGGGAGCAGGCAGCCAGCAGUCAACCCUCUGAGCCCCAAGCAACACCAGCUCAGGCCCCGAGGAAGCACUACCGCAACAGAGAGCACUUUGCCACCAUACGCACAGCAUCUCUGGUGACCCGAGAGAUGCAAGAACAUGAGCAGGACUCAGAGCUGCGGGAGCAGAUGUCGGGGUAUAAACGCAUGAGACGGCAGCAUCAGAAACACUUGAUGGCCCUUGAGAACAAACUGAAAGGAGAGAUGGAUGAGCACAGGCUGAGGCUGGACAAAGAGCUGGAGAGUCAGAGGAACAAUUUCACACAGGAGAUGGAGAAGCUGCUUAAAAAACAUCAGGCAGCACUGGAGAAAGAUCUGAAGACAUUUGCCAAUGAUGAGAAGAAGUUCCAGCAACACAUUCAGGUGCAGCAGAAGAAGGAGCUCAGCAGCUUCCUGGAGUCACAGAAACGGGAGUAUAAACUACGCAAGGAACAGCUCAAAGAGGAACUGAGUGAGAACCAGUCGACUCCCAAAAAGGAGAAGCAGGAGUGGCUGUCCAAGCAGAAAGAGAACAUCCAACAUUUCCAGGCGGAGGAGGAGGCCAACCUGCUGAGGAGACAGAGGCAGUAUCUGGAGUUAGAGUGUCGCAGGUUUAAACGCAGGAUCCUCAUUGCCAGACACAACGUUGAGCAGGAUCUGGCCAGAGAGGAGUUGAACAAACGGCAGACACAGAAAGACUUAGAGCACGCCAUGCUGCUCAGGCAUCACGAGUCUAUGCAGGAGCUGGAGUUCAGACACCUGGGGACCAUCCAGAAGGCCCGGGCGGAGCUGAUCCGGACUCAGCACCAGACUGAGCUCACCAAUCAGCUGGAAUACAACAAGAGGAGGGAGAGGGAGCUGAGGCGUAAGCAUGUCAUGGAGGUCCGACAGCAGCCCAAGAGCCUCAAGUCUAAGGAGCUUCAGAUUAAGAAGCAGUUCCAGGAGACAUGUAAGACACAGACCAGGCAGUACAAGGCCCUCAGGAACCAUCUACUGGAGACCACGCCCAAGUCUGACCACAAAGCUGUGCUCAAGAGGCUGAAGGAGGAGCAGACUAGGAAGCUGGCUAUACUGGCCGAGCAGUAUGACCAUUCCAUCAACGAAAUGCUUUCCACACAGGCUUUGCGGUUAGAUGAGGCGCAGGAGGGAGAGUGUCAGGUUCUGAGGAUGCAGCUGCAACAGGAGCUGGAGCUGCUCAAUGCCUACCAGAGCAAGAUCAAAAUGCAAACAGAUGCUCAACAUGACAAAGAAAGGAGGGAGCUGGAGCAGAGAGUCUCUCUGCGGAGGGCUCUGCUGGAGCAAAAAAUUGAAGAGGAAAUGCUUGCCCUGCAGAACGAACGCCUGGAGCGAAUCCGCUCACUGCUGGAGCGUCAGGCCAGAGAGAUCGAGGCCUUUGACUCCGAGUCCAUGCGGCUGGGAUUCAGCAAUAUGGUGCUCACCAACCUGGCCCCCGAUUCCCAGGGAGGCUGGGGGGGAGGGGGUGGGGGAGGCCAGGGGGCUCAGGGAGGAGGCCACUGGCCCGGAGGAGGUGGAGGAGGCAGCCACCAUAGUCAUCACCACCAGGGGGGCUCCAGCUCACAGCAGCCGUGGGGUCACCCUAUGCUGGCUGGCGGCCCGCCGCCCUGGAGCCUCCAUCAUCCUGGAGGAGGAGGUCAGAGGGGGAGCGGGGGAGGUGCAGCUGGGGUGAGGAACAGCCCACAGGCUAUGAGGAGGACGUCAUCAGGGGGGAGGAGUGAACAGGGCAUGAGCAGGAGCGCCAGCAUCACUUCCCAGAUCUCCAAUGGAUCCCACCUGUCCUACACCUAGACACAAACACACAGGCACUUACGCAACACAACAUUUGUCUUAAAAUGAAAUUCUUGUGCACAGAUGUAACACUACACACACACACACACACACCAUGCAUGCACCACACACGCUUUACAUACACUUAUUACCCACAGUAACUGCACAGUACUGACACUGGGAGACCUCAGCCCAGUUUUUCCCCAUUACCACUGCUCUCUUACAUCAGUGUACUCCAGCAGGAGUCUGUGGAAACCCAAAAGCUGUGAGGUGAUCCAGUGACAGCAAAGGCCAUGUAGAGUAAACCGCUGUACAAUAGUGUUAUUUUAAUGUUGGCCUACAGUGCUAUUUGUGUUUUUACUUGCCAUGUCAGUCUCAGUUGCCAUAGUCCCGGUAUAGUAUCUUCAUGUGUAGUAUGCAGUCCUUCUGUGAGGUCAAUCUGAUACCGUAAGAGCAUUUAGAGAUAAAGUUUGGAUGAAGACAGAAAGUUUUAAAGUGACAUUCAAGGCACAAAAUGACCCCUUACAACUCGAGUGUUAAGGUAAGCAUCUUAGUGAAGGUCACUUUUGAGGUGAUUAUUGCUGAAUACUAGGUCAAAGUAGGAGUUUCAGGAACACAUUGAAAAGGAGGUUUAAAAAGGGAAAUGGGAAGAGGAGGUAAAGGUUGUUGUAAGUACUAGUAGUUAUCUCUGGUUUUAUUUUGGUUGUGGAGAGUAUCAGAAAUGUGUUUAAGUAUGUCAUCUUGUAUUUCUACAAGUCCACCAGUGAGUUGAACUGACAUUGUUAGGGAAAUCAUAAAGCUGACGGACGAGCUUUCCUGGUUCAGUGUCAUACUGUUAGAAAUAACUUUGCCGAAGCUAAGUGGGUUUGUUGGCGAGGCCGCAAAGAUGCCAAAAGUAUGUGUGUGGAGUCAUUAUAAGCAUCCAUGCCAAUAUACUGUUACAUUUCAAAGGGACUGUGCCAGAAAUGUCGGUGAAAGUUAAAUAAUAUAAUAUUGCCAAGUAGAUGCAUGUGUUGUCAGACGGAAGGAGAAAAGCAGUACCUUGUUGUUCACGCUCAGCCUUAUUAGCUCAGCUCUUGGGUUUCCACCGGCCUCCGCACCCGUUCACACCUGCUCAGUAGACGGCCCUGAUGACAAGGAUGGGUUUUCAGCAGCACAUACUGGUUUCCAAACCCGUGCUCCAGUUUCACAUUUACAGUAAUUUCCUGGUGUAAUUUGGCACAGUUUUAAUUGAGGAAAGCAAUGCACUAUGCAGUAGAAAACGUUCUAUGAUUUAAAGAGAAAAAAAAAGAAAAAAACUUCAAAGACAUUCACGGUUUGCUUGACCGGAGGUUGUCUUCAGAAUGACUUGCACUUUGCCACAGGCUUUCACCUUCACACAUUGUUAAUAUUUAUGCACAGAUGCAUACAUUCAGUAGGCUUAAUUUGUAUUCCCCAGUUAAACAGAACGUGUCCCUUUGCACACUAAUGAAUGCAUGCAGUGGGGUAAAUUUUGUCGUAAUAGUGGGAGAUAAAUACAACUUAAAAAAUGUGCUUGCUGAGUCAUUUCUAAAUGAGCAGCGCACUCAGCAACAGGCAAAUCUAAGAUCGAAAUCUUGUAUUAUUUUGAUAUUCUCAGCAGGCUUUUUCCAUCAGCGUUACCUGUAAAUUUCCUUGUGAGGUAGAGAUGGGCAGAUGAGCGGUCAGGGGGUGGCGCUCUGCUGGUGGGUGACUGCUGGGUGUCUCAGUGGGUAGAUGGGUGGUGAUGCUGUGAUCUCCGCUGCCAUGCCCCUGCAACCUUCCCCAGUCUGACACCCCGCUCUGUCUCACCCCGGAUGACCCCCAAGUCAUGUCCCAGACUCCGGUCCCCCAGCCUCCCUCCACCUCCGCUCCCUCGCCUCCUGAGCCUGGUUGUGGUCUCAGCCCCCUCCCUGAUCUAUUCAAGAAGAGCUCUUCAAGUGAAAGAAAAUUUAAAAAAAUAUAGAUAUAUAUACAGAUGUAUGAUUAUAUAAAACUAUGAAAGGUUUAUAGAGUAAUAGAGAUAAAGGUGGAAGUCUUAGGGUGAAAUGCAGAGAUUAUGCAUUGUAUGAUAUUUAGAGGUGGAAUGUACAGAGAAUCUGUUAAUAUUGUAUAUUUUAAACUUGAAAAUAUGAAAAUCUAAUUGACAAGUCAAAGACAAAUUAACUACUUGUAACGCGGGCACAGUGACGUGGUUUCAGACCAGUGGUAUUCGAACCAACAUCACAUUUCCUGACGCUGGGAUCACUGUCUUACUUGCGACUGUGAGUUCUGAAACUUGUUACAGAUAUUCUGUUGUACAACAAUAACAACACAACUCUAGAUCAGAUUGCCUUGAAUAAAUGGCAACGUUUUGUUUAAUGCUGAAUGAGGAUGAUUUUGCACAUAAUUUGAAGUCUAGAUAGAUUUUAGCCUUUGAUUUAGCAUUGGCUAUGUUUUACUGACAUGAUGAUGAGCAUUGGAAGAGAUCCAGUCUGUUUAGGUUUUAAUGGGUUUUUAGAGGACACUCAAGCCAAAGGUUAAGGUGGUAACAACAAAAUAAAAAAAAAUCCCAUAAACAGGAAUUCUAACCUUUUCGGCUACAGUUUUAGUAUAUUUAAUUGGAUAUCAUUGAGUGAAGGAUCGCUCAGUUACAACCUGUGAAAGAUGCAACCUCUUGUUUUUCCACAAAGUAUUUUCACACUGCAGUUCUUUUUUUUUUGUCUUCAUCACUACUUCACUCGAAUUCACUUUUCAUCCUGUUGUUGAAUCCGUUUAAACACAGACUCCUCACAGAAUGCGGUGAUCCCACUUUUCAGACAUUAUGCUGUUUUACUCGGCCCACCUUGUGAAUAUUUUUUUGAGUCUCUGCUGUUUUUGCUGUUUUUUUCCCAGAGAGGUUUGUGUCACUUCCCAAAUGAUGUCUGCAGAGAGCCAAACGAGUGGUGUUUCUGUUUGGUUUUUAUGGACCUUCUCUUGUGUUUACGUGAAUUCCCAAUUUUAUUUCAUUUUAUUUUAUUUUAUUUUAUUUUAUAGGCAGUCGGCAGAGUCUAGCUUUAGACCUUGGUCACUCUGAACUGGAUCAGUUGCACUGAUUGCACAAGUGAUUGACCAGAAAGAGUCUACUGUGAUCCCCCUCGAUGUGCUGAGGGACAGCUGCCAUUGGCUGGUGGUCGGUGGGAGGCAGGGUUACGUCUCUGUACAGUCUGUUUAUCAGUAUUCCUUUUCUCUCUCCUGUCACUUGGUGGAUCUUGCUGUUUUAUUCACCCUGGUCCAGAGACCUGUAUUAAACUGUAUUAAAUUGUAUAGAUUGUGCAAAAAGCUGAAUGUCGCAUAGCAGAAGAGAAAAGCUAUUCGUUACAGAUGACAAAGUGAUUUAAAAUGUAUAAAAGAAAUACAGAAACAAAGUUUAGGGGAUAAAUGUAAUAUUUUGUUUGUAAUUACUAUUUUUUGUUGGAAGAGGGCUACUGGAUAAAGAAUCAUCUGUAAUAAAGUAAUUUUAAUAUUU